CUGAAAUUAUUAAAAAUUAAACGCAUUAAAAUCGUUUGUGAAGUUUGUGAAUGUGUUUGUAUGAUCAGAUUCACAUUCUGAAAUUCUGACAUUCAGCAGCUUCAGCUAUUCUAUUUCAUUCAACAACACAAAUUUGUACAGAAUUAGUAGAGAUCAUUAAUUAAAAAAGAAACAAGAAGAGAAUGGCUGUCUCUGACAAGCAAAACUUGUUUUUAAAAGCAUUUCUCAGGUGUGUGAAUAGCAAGACAUCUUCAACGUAUCAAAGCUAUGCAUUGGAUUAUGUGGACAAGUCAGCAUCACCUUUGCCCAUUGAGUUCUGGUAUCUCAUUAAAGAAAAUGAAUUUGUUGUGGUGUCCAAGACUUUGAAUAAACAAGCCAAAAAUGCAUCAGAUUACGUUGAUCUGAUGAUUGCAGGAUCAGUCGACAACAAUGCGGCUGAUAAUUUUAUACUUGAAUCUGAACAGACCUUAGGUUCCCCACUAGAAUUGUAUGAUUACCAAAAAGACCUCCACCUGAGACAAGCAAAUCUAAACAUUGAAGACAAUGAUGAGGAUAAAAAUUUGGCGAGUAAAAAAGUUUAUCUACCUCUAUCGCUGAAAGAAGCCAGCACUAUCCUGUCAAUGUAUAACAUCACCAUGCAAAAUUACAUGAAAGACAUCCACACCACCAUCAACAACAACAAUGGUUCUCCUACUAACAACCACAGCUGCAACAAUCUUAAAAGAUUGCUGGUUCUCUGCGAUGGAUUGGAUAGAAAUGGAAUAGUUUGCAUGUCGUCAUUGGUUAGCAACAACGACUUCAAAAACGACAACUACAAUACUAACAACAACAACAUCAGAGACCAACAACUCGUUCGUGUGGCUGUUGAUAGCUUUGUCAUCAAGUCAAAAUGUUACUCAUUCAACAUGCAAGAGGUGCCAUCUGUUGAGCAAUUACUACUGGGAAGAUUGUUAACUGACUGUAAAAGGCGGCAGUACACAAGCACUUGCCUGUUAUAUGGGUCAGACAAGGUUGAAGGUCAUUUUAAUCAGGUCAGUGUCAAGUUCGAGUGGGACGACGAAGAGGGCUCCAAUGCCCUGGAAAGUCCACCUAUCCAGGCAACUGCUACCCUGUCGAUCAGAAUUGGCGACGACAUGGAUGGUGACGCAGGUGGGGGUGAUGAUGAUGAUGAUGGUGACGACGUGAUGAUGAGUAACUUAUCUGACGAUAUCAGUUCUCUACAGAGGCUGCUGAGGGCCUUGGAAGAGGAGGAAGUGAUGUGGCCCGUCAGGAACAGAGAUGCUACUGCUCGUGAACUUGUGGAAAAAUUAAUUGCCGAAGGCAGUAACAGCUACAGCAGCCAGCAACAACAACCACAACAACCACCAACAUCAUCUGACAACAACAGCAACAUUGAAACACAACAACAGCACCAGCAGAAAUCCUGCAAAAGUUUUUCAUUGCUCAAAAGAUUCAACAUGGAUUUUACUGACCAACUUUGGGAUGUCAUGAGAGAUUGUUCUUCAUACAGCGAACUGCUUUCCUGUUUCCAAUGCAUUUUCCACGCUCUUCUCUCCAAGCAACUCCAACCUAUGUUGAGCAACACAAACAGAUGCACGCUGGCAGAUCUGAUCAGGCAGUCAUACAAUGGGGACGUGAGGAGGGAUGUGAUAUUGUGGUCGAAGGAGGAGAAGCCGAUCAUUCUGCUGGCCGAGAUGGGUUUGGAGAAGUUGAAGAGGGAUCUGCUGAGUGCUUUCAUCGGAAGCAACAUGGUGAACAUCAGCCAGUUAGCUUGGUACCUCUGUGAGUUGGAAACAGUUGGAUUGAAUGAAAAACUGGAAAAGUUGAAAAGGCUUGCCCAUGUCCUUAGAAUGAAUGUUCUCAUGGGUAAAAAAUCUCUAGUGCCUAAGGCUGCACUAUUUGAAAUAUUAAAUAAAAGUUUGAAGCACUAUGAAGAAGUUGGUGAUCUGGUAAAUCCAUUUCAAAUGCAGAUGUCAGUCCUCUCAAUAUAUGAUAAAAUUAAAAAGUUGUCACCAACGUCAUGGUCGUGCUUUGUUUAUGGGACCACAAGUUUCCAACAGGAGAUUGUUGGCUGUGUUUCAUUUUCCAAAAGACAAUCGUUUGAUCACGUCAAAUCUGAUGAAAUUCUAGAUUCAGACGAUAAAAGUGACAAACGGAGUUACUAUUUGACAACUGUUCAUCAGUCAAUUAACAAUUAUUGAAUCUGUGUCUGUAACAAUUACAAUCUUCGUUUAGCGUUUGAACGUUUUGUAUGUAGCAAUGUAACAAUUAUCUCUUGUUUUUAUCUAACUGUUGGAUAAUUUGUUUUAACGUUUCAAAAAUUAAUCCAUUAAAAUUGUUUGAACUCGUGAUAGAAGAGACACGUCUGUAUUUAAAAAAAGCUGUUAGAAAAA